CGUAGAGAUUCUUCUUCCUCAAGAUUUCAUUACAUUGGGCACACAGUAUCACAGUGCUAGAAAAUGGUCUGGUUCCCAGUGGGAAUAGCAGAUGGGUCAGGCGUUCUCCUUCCUUAAACCCUCCUCCACCUCCUCCUCCCCGCCGAUGACAUCUCACCUCGACGCCGUCGCCGUCGCCGCCAAGCGCAAGCUGGACGACUAUUUCGAUGACGCCUUCACCGCCGACUCCUUAAUCCCCUCCGCCGUCAGAAUGCGAAAGGACCAGCCUCUCCCUACCGCCGUCGCCGAUUCCCAUCUCCUCUCCCACCUCCCUUCCUCCCAGGAGGCCUCGACCUCCCGAUCGUCUUCAUCCUUCUCCGCGGAGUCGUCCUCGUCCUCGAUCACCUCCAUUUCCGGGAAACAGCGGUGCCCCGGUCCCGUUCAAUUCUUCGUCCGGUUGCUGUCAGGCGGGACCACGCUAGUACUGGAAGCGUAUUUGGACGACUCGGUGAAAACAAUCCACGAGAAAAUCCACUCAAUCACGGGGAUUCCGGUGUUCGAGCAGAGGUUGAUAUACAGAGGGAAGCAGCUUCAGUGGGAGAGUACUUUGGACGAGUGUGGGAUUCAGAAGGAUGCCGGGUUGCAGCUCGUGGGAAGGAUGCGCAGCACAAGCCAUCCUCAGGCAUGGCAGUUCAUGGACGACAUGGUUUCCCUGAUUCUUGAGCUGUACAAGAGAAAAAAUCCUCAACCCACCUUGAGAAUCAAAACCAGGCUUAAGGAUUUCCUGGAUAAUAUCCCACGAGAUAACACAGACAAAGCAUCUGAAUACCUUCAAAUCUUUCAAGCAUCUCGCGCUCCGGUGGCUCUAGUAAUGCUUUACAUGUCUCCUGUUCAAUCUUAUAGAGAUUGUGCGGUCGAAUCAAUUCGUACCUUCAUAAACUCAAGUAAGGUUAAUUUGCACAAUCCUAUGCAUGCCCAGUUUUGCCCUAUAGUCAUAGAGUUCUGUAAAUUGUUGAAUAAGGCUGUUGGGGUCAAUGAUUUUUUGUACAGUCAUUGUCGGAGUAGCUUGGGGUCUAUAGUGGAGUCUGUUGGCGAGUUAAUGCUUUACAUGUCUCCUGUUCAAUCUUAUAGAGAUUGUGCGGUCGAAUCAAUUCGUACCUUCAUAAACUCAAGUAAGGUUAAUUUGCACAAUCCUAUGCAUGCCCAGUUUUGCCCUAUAGUCAUAGAGUUCUGUAAAUUGUUGAAUAAGGCUGUUGGGGUCAAUGAUUUUUUGUACAGUCAUUGUCGGAGUAGCUUGGGGUCUAUAGUGGAGUCUGUUGGCGAGUGUUUGAUAGAAAUGAAUGACAUUGUCCCAUUCCUUAAGGAAUUGGCAAGCAAAUUAUCAGAAGAUUUAGGGCUGUGUGCGGGCUCAAACACUUUUGUGGGGCCAUCAGCUAGUGAGGUGAAUGAUUUCAUAGCCUUUAUGCAUCCAGUGAAGAAUGUAAUAGCUGAUGAGGUGUCAUGUUCUGGCCCGAUUGAUGUGUCAUUGCAGGAGGAGGGAACUAGUGACAGUAGUGAUCAUUUGAAGCUUCGUGAAUCAUGCUAUAAGAAUGUGAUCAAACUGUUGCAUUUCAUCUUCCUUGAUUUGCUGGAGAAAAUGGAGUACUGUUUGAAAAAAGUGGAAGAACGGUUGGAAGCUAGACAGAAAGGAGAAGCUGCUGAGUUCUUUGAGAUUGGAUGGUGCCAGUAUUUAGCUAUUCUGAAAGAAUUGAAUGGCAUUGCCAACCUUUUCAAAGGUGCAAACGACAUAUUUUGGAAGAUGUUGGUGCAGAAAAAGCUUUCUUUGUGCUAUCUUGUUGUUAAGUUUGCAAAAAGAAGUGAGGACCAUAGCUGGAUUAUGAAGCACAAGGAAGUAACUAAUUUUGAGACGAGGAGGCAUUUGGCGAUGAUGAAGCUUCCAGAGCUAAAAGAUGAGUAUGAUGAGCUGCAUGAAAUGCUCAUUGACAGGUCCCAUCUGUUAGGAGAGUCUUUUGAGUACAUUGUAAAUGCGGACCCCGACUCCUUGCGUGGUGGUUUAUUCAUGGAAUUCAAGAAUGAAGAAGCUACAGGUCCGGGUGUUUUAAGGGAAUGGUUUUUCUUGGUAUGCCAGUCAAUUUUCAAUCCGCAGAAUGCACUCUUUAUUGCUUGUCCCAAUGAUCGUAGAAGGUUCCUUCCAAAUCCAGCAUCUUCUGUGGACCCACUGCAUCUUGAGUAUUUUAGGUUCUCUGGCAGGGUGAUUGCACUAGCUUUGAUGCAUAAAAUACAAGUUGGUAUUGUCUUUGAUCGUGUAUUCUUUUCUCAAUUGGCCGGAAACAGUGUUUCUUUGGAAGAUGUUAAAGAUGCAGAUCCUUUUUUGUAUAAAAGCUGCAAGCAAAUAUUGGAAAUGGAUGCAGAACUAGUGGAUCAAGACGUACUAGGUCUUACAUUUGUCCGAGAAAUCGAGGAAUUAGGCUUGAGGAAGGUUGUUGAGCUUUGUGCCAAUGGGCAAAAUAUCAGUGUAAAUAGUAAGAAUAGAAAGGAGUAUGUUGAUCUUCUCAUUCGGCAUUGUUUUGUCACCUCUAUAGCAGAACAGGUAGCCCAUUUUGCUAAUGGUUUUGCAGACAUCAUUAGUAACUUGCGCAUUCAAAAGUCAUUUUUCCAGAACUUAGAUCUUGAAGACCUUGAUUGGAUUCUUCAUGGGAGUGAAACCUCCGUUUCUGUGGAAGACUGGAAAAGGCAUACAGAUUAUUAUGGCUUCAUAGAAAGUGAACCUCAGAUAUCAUGGUUCUGGAAGAUAGUUGGGACAAUGACAGCAGAACAGCGCAAAGUUCUUCUCUUCUUCUGGACAUCCAUAAAGUUCUUGCCCAUAGAGGGGUUCAGCGGAUUGGGCUCAAGGCUUUGCAUCUACAGAAGCUCAGAGCCGCCCGACCACCUCCCAUCCUCACACACGUGCUUCUACCGCCUCUGCUUCCCUCCCUACCCAUCCAUGUCUGUCAUGCAGAGCCGCUUUGACAUCAUCACCCAGGAGCAUGUUGGCUGCAGCUUUGGGACUUGGUGAAUGUGAGAUCCCCAAUCCUUUGUGUACAUUAAGACAUAUAUUAGGAGGGCAAUCUUCAUAGUUUAUUGGAAGUGGACUUGUUCUAAGAAGGUGCAAUUCCAUUCUGUUUACAUAUUUAUUUUUUUUAAAUUAUGAAUUAUUUCUGACUGGGCUUUUAUUUCCCAUCACUUUUUUUUGCUGUACAGGGUUAUUAUUAG